AUGAGCGCCGAUUCGCACGAGCUUCUCGAUGCCUUCCGGGCUGCUGCACUGUCCGUCACCAAGCUCUACAAGACGUCAGCGGCCGCGCAAACCAAGUCUCGCGCCGAUGGCUAUCAAGACUGUCUUGAAGACCUGAUUGCCUUUCUGGACAAAGAAAACAUCGGACUGUCUGCUGGUGAUGUAGGCUCAAAGAUCCGGAAAUGGGCGAUGGAUAGAUCAGAGACUAGGGACACCACACCCCCAUCCAUCGAGAGCGACGACGAGCCCGAGAAGCCCGAGCCUGCCGCCUCAUCCCCUCAGGCACAACGAACGAGCCCUCCGGCAGCACAAACAUCUGUCGACCGGGAAGAGGUCCAGAUGAGAGAGUCGGCGACUCCGGUUCUUGCAACGGUUCCCUGUCCGCCUAGCCCGAUAGUGGAGGAGGUCGACUUUGUUGUUCCUACGCAGGAUACCUUCAACUUCCAGUCAGCACAUGCUUAUCCUCACGAUGAGGCCAUGCGGCUCGCCAACCUCAACCUGUCUGAUGCCAACCAAGCAUCAAACCAUAGCACAUCAAACCGGACGACACCACGCAACACCAGAAGAAGAGAUGUACGACCUGGGAGGACACGGAGAGAUUUGGGACAGGGCGCGGGCCACAAGAGAAAGAUGAACCUCGCUGAGUACUUCGACCUAAACGGUGUCGAUCUCGGGAACGGAAAGGAUAUGUUUGGCGGUGGGAAACGCACAAGGCACGUUUAG